AUGACCCGGCCGCUGGCGGCGUUGCUGGCGGGACUGGUCCUGAAAGGCUGUGAAGAGUUGGAAGAGGCGGCUCCCCGAAACUGGGCGCUGGAGCAACUGCACGAACUGCAACUUCUGCGGAUCUGCGAUGAGAAAAUCCAGGUCUCAGCUGCCCCACGCUACAAGAACAACGCGCCGCCGCUGCCGUCUUCGACGGAUGUGGUGGUCUUUCGAUCCAAAGCGCCGAAGGUGUUGGAGAAUGCCACCUUGGAGCAUCAGCACGGCAGGUUGGGCCUCUUCCACGAUGGAAGCUGCUGCAAGUUGGAGCCCGUGCCACUGCCGCACCGCGGCCUCUCGAAGAAGGAGCGCCUGGAAUCACACCGUGGCUUCAGCUUUAGCAGUCGCGACAGCGAAGCCAUCGACGUGGAUCGCGUGCAGGCUGACGUCCGCUCGGACUUUUGCAAAGCGAGACAGGAGACCUAUCCUUGUCACAUGCCCAAGGCAAGUGUAGUGAUGGUCUUCCACAACGAACACAUGCCAACCUUGCUUCGCUCCGUGCAUUCCGUGCUGAACCUCUCCCCAGCACAGCUAUUGGAAGAGGUGCUGCUGGUGGAUGAUGAUAGCCGUCCCGAGACCAAGAAGUUCUCAGAGCGACAGUGGAAGCGUUUACAAGGUGAGCUGGAGGAGCUUCUGAUUGACCUGCCAAAGGUCUCUUUGAUUCGCCUUCGAGCACGAAGGGGGUUGAUGAAAGCCAGGAUGGAAGGCAUUUGGCGAGCACGUGGUGAGGUGGUGGUGUGUUUGGACAGCCACAUCGAGACAACUCCCGGUUGGUUGGAACCGUUGCUGUGGCGCAUCACCGAGGACCGCACCAGAGUUGUGGUACCCAGCAUUGAUGGCAUCGACACCGAGGACUUCAAGUAUGAGGUCUAUGGAUUGGGCCUGGUCAGUUUCAACUGGUUGCUGAAUCAAAAACCUCGUGAACGACCAGAGGGUGAGGACACGAUGGCCACAUCUUCGGUUCUUUGUGGCGGUCUCUUUGCAGUGGACCGCUCCUGGUUCUUGCAUUUGGGAGGCUAUGACCCCGAGCUCCAGAUCUAUGGUGGAGAGGAGAUGGAGAUCGGCUUUGCCACAUGGCAAUGCGGUGGCUCUGUGGUGCACGAGCCGUGCUCUCACAUUGGGCAUCUCUGGAGGUCUCAGCGCUACUGGUCAGACCAGGUCUACGAGAUCGACAUCAACGAAGUGCUGCGCAACAGGUUGCGUGUGGCCUCUGUAUGGAUGGACGAAUACAACACUUUGGUGCAACUGGCGUCACCUGGGCUCUUGGAUGGUCGCAGCGUUGGAGAUGUUAGUGCUCGAAAAGCUCUGCGUGAGAGAUUGGGCUGCAAGAGCUUCGACUGGUACAUGGACAACGUGGCCACUGAGAUCUAUGCUCCGCGUUUGUCACCCGUGGAUGCGGGCAGAGGUAGCCUCCGAAGUCUGAACAUGCAGGCCUGCGUGGAUACCAAGAUGCAGGAUAUGGUGGGUGCCCGUGUGGGAGCAUCACCCUGCAAGAAUCAGUUCGGCAACCAGGAGGUGGAAAUCCAGUCCACUGGGAGCAUCAGGCUGCCUCUCACCGGCUUUUGUUUGGGACUCUCCAAGGACUGUCCAAAGAAGCCAAUGGAAUAUGGAGAGGAGAUUCCCACAUGCCAUGCAGUCCUCGCUGACUGCCGAGGCAAAGACGCUGCGGUGUGGACGUGGGGGCCCAAUGGCAAUACUCCAAUCAGGUGGUCGAUAGCUGUGGCCUCACGGAAGGGCAUAGGUCAAGUGAUGAUCCCAACAAGCGAGAUGUGCUUGGAGUUGCAGAACCACGACUGGGUGCAUUUCGACUUGCGCCUGGCGUUGCUCAGCACAGAUGUCACAGGUGGCGCACUGAUGCAGAGGAACAGCUUUGGCUUUGGGUGCACCUGGGAAGUACAAGCCACGAUUCCAGUGCUGUACACGCAUCAGAAGGUGGCCAAGCGUCCCGUUCACCGCGAGGGCCGGCUGACGCUCCACUUUGGCCGUGCCGUGCUCUGCGAUGCCGCGGGGAAACGCCUGGACGAAGAGACGGUCACAACAGCGCUACUUGAGCAGUUGAAAGCUGGAGAGGAACUGGAUUUCCCUGGGCAUUUGCUCUCUCCAGAUCCACCUGAGGCAGCGAAAUGGGCCCUGUCCCGUCUUGCUCCGCCCGUGCCGGCCGCGCCGGCCACGAUGCCACAGAUGCUGCCGCGAAUGCCGCGGCCAGCACAGUGGCGAGGCCCCGCAGGCCCUGCAGAGAUCGCCAUAGCAUCGAAGAGGUUCAAACGUCCGCGAAUCCUUGAGGUCUCAGUCCCGACAGUCCCGGAGCAGAAAAUUGAGACGGAAGCUCAAGAAAUAAGCGUGGAGCCAGCGGAGAUCCAAGAGCAGGCGACCCCUUGCCGCAAGGAUCUUCGAGGUAUCGGCAGCAGCUUCAAAGCCCCCAGGCAAAUGUCCUUCGCGAUCCCAGAGGCCAACUGCUUUGAGGCCGAGCCAAGCUCGCAACAGGUGUCGCUGACCCCCUCUGAGCGGCAUGCGGAAGCUGCUUUGGAGCUGUGUCGCCAGGCCUUUGUGACGGAGCGCGUUCACCUGGAACGAUACGAGGCCAGAGCAUCGAAAGAAGCUGAUCUUGAGGUUUCAGCCUUCUCGCUGUCGGAAGCCAGCGCCCAGCCGGAGGUCUGUGCUCCGGAGCUGGAAGAAGGUGAUUCUUCGAAGCCAGAGGUGGCUUUCUCGCAGCCCUGUGAGGAGCCAGAGGCUCGGGAGCGCAUUUCCUCACCGCCAGAGGCAGUUCAGUCAGAGCUGCACUUGACAGAGGUUCCAGCCCUCCCUCAGCCGCCUCAGCCGCCGUGCAACAUUGCCGCUAUGCAGGCAGAGGCAUUGGCUUGGGAGCAGAGAAACAUGAAGGAGCCCACAGUUCCAGCCUUCCCUCAGCCGCCUCAGCCGCCGUGCAACAUUGCCGCUAUGCAGGCAGAGGCAUUGGCUUGGGAGCAGAGAAACAUGAAGGAGCCCACAGUUUCUUUGGUGCAGCCUGAGGUUCCAGCCUUCCCUCAGCCGCCUCAGCCGCCGUGCAACAUUGCCGCUAUGCAGGCAGAGGCAUUGGCUUGGGAGCAGAGAAACUUGAAGGAGCCCACAGUUCCAGCCUUCCCUCAGCCGCCUCAGCCGCCGUGCAACAUUGCCGCUAUGCAGGCAGAGGCAUUGGCUUGGGAGCAGAGAAACAUGAAGGAGCCCACAGUUUCUUUGGUGCAGCCUGAGGUUCCAGCCUUCCCUCAGCCGCCUCAGCCGCCGUGCAACAUUGCCGCUAUGCAGGCAGAGGCAUUGGCUUGGGAGCAGAGAAACAUGAAGGAAGGGGAAGAACAAACUGCUGGGAUGCUUGAUGCACCCAACGAGGCCGAGGCGGCCGAGGCUUCGGCUUCGGAGGACGAAGAUGAUGUGCCCCUCUCGGAAAUGAUCAGCUGCCAACAGGAGCAAGAUGAUUUGCCCCUGUCGGAAAUGGUGAGCAAGGCGAGUGCGAAGCCACCUCGAAAGCGGGCGAGACGAAGCAGCGGCGCCACACACCCACAGGUGUCGAUGAGGUUGCCGUUGACCUUUGGGAAACGCCAUGUGGAAAACCAGAGGAUGGAUGUGCCACUCACAUCCAAAGCUUCCUAUUUGGAAUACUUUGAGCAAGCAUUGGUCUCGGAGAUGCAGCAGCACCUCAGCGCCUGGUCCGUUUCCGGCCGCUGCCGUGAUGGGAACGCCUUGCGGGUGGAGGAAGUGCUGCUUGGCCCGGCCAAGGAAGAUGCCGCUUUCGCUGCCAUGCUCUUCAAUCGAGCCAAGCUUCGUCAAGGACAGCUGACUUCCUGCGCCAAGAACGACUUGUGGGUCGUGUUGCAAGGCUUUGGUGAUGCCCUGCUCUUCCGGUCCCUGUGGAAAGGAGUCACGCCCAAGGGCCGCUUACUUUGCGCCCCGGUGAAUGAAGCUGCUGUUCAAUGGCUGCAGCAGAGCAACAGGCUCAGAAGCGUCACGGCCCUUUGCUCUGGCGCCUUCAGUAGUGAGUUGUUGCAGGUAGACACGCUGCGACACUGGGCUGCAGCUCAAGAUGAUGUCUGUGCACAUUUGUUUGGCCUCGAGGCUGCAGCGGAUGUCGUGGAGCCAACUCGCAUGCCAUGUGAUGUCGUUCCCGAUGCCGUUGAGUUGAGCCAGGAACAACAGGAGGUGCUUCGCCAUGUGGCAGCCUGGCCAGGAGGACAAGCUGGUUGUAUCCAUGUCCACGGUGUCUUCGGUUCCGGCAAGUCUCUUACGCUUGCAGCAUCUAUCCUAAUGCUUCACAGGCUGCUGGAAGCCCAACAAGAUCCUCGGCACAUUCUGCUUCUGUGCCAGACCAAUGUGGCAGUGGAUGGAGUGCUGAAGACUUUGCUGCAAGUGGGUUUCGAUGACUUUGUCCGCCUAGGGAACUUCCAAACGAUGCAGCCGCAGCUGUUGCACCGCGCUGCUGGCGCGGGGGGUUCCUCAUGGAAGGCCACGGUGAAGGAUUUGAAAGAUGCCUUGAAAAACUUGCAGCAGGUGGGCGAUGCUGCUAUUCAGGAGAAGGUGCAGGCCUUAGAGGCUGCAGUGGCCUCUGGUGACCUGCCUCCCAGGCCACAGGAGUGGCGCCAGCGGCGCUUGGUGGCUGCCACCUCUGCAGCUCUGGAAACCGCUGACCUCGGUAGCCUCACAGCGCCCUUUUGCUUCGUGGACGAAGCCUCACAACUCACGGAACCUGCCAUCCUCCACGCCUUCCGCAAGGUCUCUGCGCAAUGUGCCGUGCUACUGGGGGAUCCGAAACAACUGCCGCCUAGGGCCAUGCAUCUUCCACUGCAACGCAGUGCCUUGCUGAGAGAUUUCGCCACCAAGACCUUGUACUUGCGGACACAGUACAGGUGUCACCCCUUCAUCGGAAGUCUUUGCAGCCGACUCUUCUAUGAGAAUCAGCUGCUCAAUGGUGUCACAGCAGAGGACAGAUCUUCAGCACUGGGUCCAGGCGUUGCACCUUUGGCCGUGGUCUUGAGCCAAGGUCUGGAGAGCCGCGUGGGGCAGUCGUAUCGACACGAUGCCGAGGCUCAACUUUGUGCUGCCUGGCUGCAGCGAGUGCGGCGAAAUGCGCCGUUGAAGGCCAAGGACUUUGGAGUGAUUUGCUUGUACCGACCCCAUGCAGAAGCAUGUGCCGCUGCGGCAAGAGCAGGUGGCACUCAUGGUGUGGACUUUGCCACGGUGGAUUCCUUUCAAGGUGGUGAACGAGAAGUGGUGGCCUUGUGUUGCGGCCGCUCCACCCCUCAGCUUGACGGCACUUUCUCCUGUUGCCCCAAGCGGCUCAAUGUGGCCAUGUCCCGCGCGCGGCGGCAUUUGGUGAUCUUCGGCACCGAGAGCUUUCUUGCGACGCAUCCCAUUUUCAGUUUGAUUCUUCAAACGGCCGCGGCCAACGGCUGUGUCCACCAUGCCAGAGAGGUCUGA